AUGCUCACGUUCUGCUCCAUUUCAGUGACUCGCUACCACAUCCACCGGCUGUGUAAUGGAUGGCUUUACAUCUCACCCUGGCUCACCUUCCCCAGCCUGCACAACUUGGUGGACCACUACUCUGAGUUCAGCGAGGGCCUCUGCUGCCCCGUCUGAGAGCCUUGCCCAUGGAAGGCCAAGGGGGGCCCAGCCCCCAUAGUACUCACUGUCCUCAGGAAGGCAUCACUCCACUGGAACAAGAUUGAGAGCUCCCUCCUGUUCUCGCAGACCACAUCCCCACCGGCAGCGGACUCUCACAUCAGCCACGGCGUGAGGGAAGCCAUCAGCUCUUACCUGAUUCUCUCAGAGACUGACACCCUCCAGUCAGACCCCACAGGAAAAGUGGUUGUUAUAGAUGAGUAAUGUAAUAGUUAGCUCUGACAGUUAAGAGGUGGAUAUUAUGUGGAUGUAUAGUGAUGUUACUGUAAUAUGUUCUCCCAUAUACCUCUUUCCCCUCCUACCCUCCCCCUUUGU